UUAGUUAUAAUAGUAAUAAAUAUUAAUCAAUGUUGUAAAUCAAUGAAAUCUUCCUUCCAAAAUUUUCACGAUUUCAAAUUUAGAAAAGAACGACGGCACAUUUGCGAGAUAUGUGGAUCGAGUUUUGGGCGAUCGGGUGGCUUAAAACGGCAUUUUAUCAUGGUACAUACGAAUCGUAAAUUUUACUGUAAUUAUUCUGGUUGCGACCAUCCAGGAUUUAAAUGUUCAAAGGCUCUUACUGCGCACAUCCGAUCGAAACAUACAUUUGAUCGUCCGUGA